GUCACUUUCUCUCCCACAGCCAAAACAUAGCAGAAGCUGCAGCUGCACUGCUGUUUUUAUCAUGUCUGCCUGUCACAUCAAUGCGCGAGUAGUGUUGUUUGUUGUCAUGCGUGGUUAACAGGAGUUUGCUCGUGAAUUAAUUUUGAGCCAUCAAAUUAGUCGAUGAACUGUUGUUUUGUCUUCGGACUGGCGUUGAUUGGCCUACUGUUCUUUUCACGUUAUCUUACGAAUGAGACCUAUUUUUAGGUCUACGCGUCGAUACAUGUUUUCGACGUGAAAGAGGUGCCUUGGUACUGUUUAGUUGCCUGGGAAAAUACCCGGUCAAUAAUUCAAUCAAAAAUGACUACUGACGGGAGUGUCUUUGAUCUCCUGUGGAAGAGAGAAAUCGAUGACAACAUAGCAAGAAAGGUUCAAAGCCGUUUACAUGUCACAGAGGAGUUACUACAACGUCUUGGUCUUGAAAAGGAGCUAGAGGGUCACACUGGCUGUGUAAAUUGUUUAGAAUGGAAUUCAACCGGAGAGAUACUAGCGUCUGCAUCAGACGACGUCAGGAUUAUUAUUUGGGAUCCUUUUCGUCAUAAGUUGCUGGACACAAUAUCUACCAACCAUCAUGGGAACAUUUUUUCUGUCAAAUUUAUGCCCAAAACCAAUGAUAGCCUCAUGGUUUCGGGAGCAGCUGAUUAUAUGAUUAAUCUCCAUGACAUUAAACUCCAUGAAACUGUAAGUGUGUGCUCUUGUCACACUAGUCGUGUCAAACGGUUAGCGGUCUGUCCUGACUGUCCACAUUUGUAUUGGAGUGCUGCAGAGGAUGGAACUGUGAGACAGUUUGAUAUACGUGCACCACAUGUCUGUAGAUCAGACAGUCCCAACAUUCUUGUGUCCCUCAAGCGCUGCCUGGGCCGUCUUGCAGAAGCCAAAUGCCUUUCCGUCAAUCCUGUGAGAUCAGAGCUUCUGGCUGUUGGAGCAAAUGACCCAUUUGUUCGUAUAUAUGACCGCCGUAUGAUACGUCUUACUACAACCCAUAAAAUUGAACAAUUGUUACCUGAUUCUAAUGAUUACACACAUCAAACUGACUAUCUUCCUGAAGGAUGUGCUGAAUACUUUGUGGCAGGUCACCUUAGGACCAGACCAUCACUCCAAAAUGGGAAACUCAAAAGUUACACUUCUACUUAUGUGACUUUUGGUGCCAAUGGGCGAGAUCUACUUGUUAAUCUUGGUGGAGAACAGAUUUAUCUGUUUGACAUUUAUGGCAGGAGAAUAGUACAGCAUUUUAAUUUCAGGGCCUCACCAUAUUAUAUAGAAGACGCUGGAUCCUCUAACAAAGGGGAGUGCACUAGCCCAGGCACACUUCCAUCAUGCAUAUAUAAGAACAUACCCCCAAUUACCAGCCGUUGGAUCCGUGCAAUGCUUGAGGAUGCCAAUGCUGACCCCAUUACUUCACGUCCAACUUUACCUCCUCGAGUAGAAACUCUGCGGCUGGAAGCAAAUGAUGCAUUUGUGGCCCUAGACUACUCGGCUGCUGUGCGUCUUUACAACAUAGCCAUAAACUUGUGUAAAGAAAGCGCUGUCCUGUAUGGAAAUAGAGCUGCAGCUCUUAUGAAGAGAGAUUGGGAUGGAGAUAUUUAUGCUGCUCUGAGAGAUUGUCAAAAAACAUUGGAACUUGAAUCAAAUCACUACAAAGCCCACUUUAGGAUGAUACGAUGUCUACAUGAACUGCAAUGGACCACUGUGGCAUCAGAUUGUUUAAAAGUUUUCAAGAACAAGUACCCAUCACAUGCUCAGAGUAAUGCUUGCCGAGCUUUGGAAAAAGAUAUUGAAACAGCAAGGGUAAAUAAAGAAAAAGAAGCUGAGGAGAUGUCAAAAACUGAUAAAGAGGAAGUGCAGCAUCAUGCUGCUAAUCGCUGGGACUUUAAUCUGACUUUGUACCGACCUUCGUUCUCACCUCAAGAAGAACAAUGGCAACAGAGAGCAUUUGACUAUGAAAAACGAUACUGUGGACAUUGUAACACUACUACUGAUAUUAAAGAAGCAAACUUUUUUGGGGAGGAAGGACAGUUCAUUGUUGCAGGAUCUGAUGAUGGAUAUAUGUAUUUUUGGGAUCGUAAUACCACCAACAAUUUGCGCAUAUUAAGGGGAGAUGGCUCAAUCGUAAACUGCUUGCAGCCCCAUCCAACAUAUUGUCUUCUUGCAAGCUCGGGCAUUGACCCAGUUGUGCGACUUUGGAGCCCACUUCCCGAGGAUGGGAGAAAAGAUGACAGAGAGGUAAGCAACAAGGAUGUUGCUGCCAGUGCCAACCAGAGACGAAUGAGACGAAUGAAUCCAUUUGAUGUGUUUGAUGUCAUGAUGAAUAUGGGAUAUAACCCUGAAGGUGCUAAUUCUGAUGCAAGUGAUGAUGAUGAAGAUUUCAUGAAUAGAGUAGGGGCUCCAAAUUGUGCUUGUCGACCGAGUUAACAUUCCUUUUGUUUUUUAUUUUAAGCAUUAAGGUGAAUACUGUGCCUCUGGGAUUUUAGUAAUUGGGUUUAAGUUGAUUGGACCAAAUUCCUCUACCAAAAAUAACAGCAGUCUAUCUCAUUUUGCUUUCUUAGUAUCAUGAUUUUUGGGAUACAGGAGAUGAUCCUUUAGUCGUCUUCUUUCACAAGAACCCAGAAUGCAGAACAUCUCAAACUCUGUUUCACUCCUUCAAUUGUAAGAUCUCAUCAGUGGGCAUUGUUAUGUUCCCUGGGAGGUUGACAGUUAGGAUGACACACAAAUGAAUCACAAAUGGGACAGGUAUCUAAUCCAGCUUUUAAAAUUAUUUUGCAUUGUUUGUAUUGAUCUGUAAGUGCCUUUGUCAUAGUUCUGAUAGCAACAGUAAGUUAAAACACAAUGCCAUCAUCCUUGUCCCUCAAAUUUACUUGGGCUUCCAGCAUAAUUUUUCUAGUAUGAAAAAAGAUGGUGUUUGUGACAUUUUUUUUGUUUUUUGUUUUUAAUGAAUGAAUUAUUUUGGUAUGUGUUAGGAACUGUGUUGUGUACUGGCUUCAUAUCUUCUCAAGAUUGUCACAGUGAGGGAGUACAGUAAGUUUAUUCCCGUUUUAGUCUGGGGGAAAAAAAUUAUGGGCCAAUUGACUUCAGGGAGCUUAUAUAUUUGUAUUAUUACUUGUAGUCUUUACAACAUAAGGCUUAUGAAGUUGUAAUACCUGUAUCUAUUCUGAGUGCCAUAACUUAUAUCAAUCCUACAUGCUUUUUGAAAAAGUCAAACAACUGUUCUGUAAAAAUGCUUAAGCAGAACAGCUAUGAGAUCUGCUGUGUAUAGACUGAAUUAAGAUUUAAAUUAUGGAAGUGGAAGGUUGCACUGCUUUGUUUGGUAUACUGGUAUACUACCUCUGCAAAUUGAGUGUUGUAAAUAAGUAGUGUUUUGUUGGUUGUUAGAUUGAAGUGUGCCUCAGAUGUCGUCUGACGGAAAUGCGGGCUCUAGCUUGUUUUUCUUCUCUCUGUGUUGUUGUAACUUUAUUACAGUCCUCUUAUGUUUUUCAACAUAACCCACCUUUUCUUCUUGCACAUUUUGAUGAUAGAAAGCAUGGUUUCACUUUGAAUUUCUUAGAAUGUAGUUGUAUCCAUACAUUUUAGUGGCAACCUUUCUAAUAUUUGACUGAUUUGAGUUAAAGCUAUGUGGUGACUAACUAAAAAUUUGCUCUAGUGAGUUAAAAUUUCAUUUGUUUCUAGUUUGAAGUUUGUCUAUCUCAUCGAUUAUGUCUAUCCUUUAUUGUUUGUGGUAAGGAUGACAGAAUAGGUGGUUUAGCAACUCCAAUGACUGAGCUAGUUUUCUAGUUUGUGGGUUUAUGUGAUUCCCUUCAGCUUGUUGUGCUUCUUGGAAGCAACAGUGGAGCUUGGGAUACCUUGUGAUAUGAUAUUUGUACCAUUAGUUGUAUGUAGUUUCAAAAUUUUAAUGUUUACUUGUGUAUAUUUAUUUAAUGAAAAGAAGUUGUUUUCUUUGAAAAUGUAAAAGGUUAUAUCACUUACAAAUCAUAUUGUAAAAUUGUUGUUGUAUUCAAUGAAAUUAUUAUAAUGAUGCUUGUCAAAGCAUUAGGUUGUUGAUCGUAUCAAUUGAUAAACUCAUCCUUAAACGGUUUCUUUAUGGUUUUCAGCUGAAAACCAUAAUUUUAAUGUAUUUGAUUUGAUUACUGUUGCUGUAAAUACUUGAGUGCUAGCUGUCCCAAAAUAUUUUUGUUGAGUUUAGAAGGGGGCUGUGUUCUCGCAACAUAUGCGGUUUAGAAGCGGGGAAAGUCCUCGCCUCGCAUUGCUGGAAUCACGUCAGAUUGCUAAGUAGCGCUUGUUAUUGUUAGAUAGCCUCGGGCUGCACUUUUGUUACGGGCGCACUGUGACUGAUAUAUUCAAUAAACGGCAGAAACCGCACCGUC